AUGUCAAGCUCCUCAAAUGAUGAAGUAUAUGAGGUAUUUGAAGAAAUGGUCGACGAACAAAUUGAUGAUUUCAUGGACUCCGUUAUUGCCAACAACCCGAAGAGACGAGGGUAUAUCGAAAGAGAUCGGGAACAAGGACACAAUCAACUAUGGCACGACUAUUUUAGCGAAAAUCCAACAUACCCACCGGAAAUGUUUAGGCGGCGUUUUCGAAUGAACAAACCUUUGUUCCUUCGCAUUGUCGAACGCCUAAAUAAUGAAGUUCCAUACUUUCAGCAACGAAGAAAUGGUCACGGAAGGUGCGGCCUAUCUGCACUUCAAAAAUGCACUUCAGCGAUACGAAUGUUGGCAUAUGGUAAAGCCGGAGAUGCGAAUGACGAAUAUCUCCGACUUGCGGCAAGUACUGCACUUUUAUGUUUGGAAAAUUUCACGGAUGCGAUAAUACUAUUGUUUGGAGGUGAGUAUCUAAGAAGCCCUACACCAGAAGAUCUUCAAAGACUACUUGACGCUGGAGAGGCACGCGGGUUUCCGGGUAUGAUAGGCAGCAUCGAUUGUAUGCAUUGGGAGUGGAAAAACUGCCCAACGGCUUGGAAAGGUCCAAAAGCAGAGUUAUUUGCUGAACGUCAAGAAUCCACCAGAAAAGAUGUCGAACGGGCUUUUGGAGUAUUGCAAUCGAGGUUUGCAAUUGUUAAGAACCCAGCUCUACUAUGGGACAAGGAGAAGAUAGGAAAGAUAAUGAGAACUUGUGUCAUAUUGCACAAUAUGAUAGUGGAGGACGAGCGACACGGAUACAUUCAAAUUGAUACAUCUGAGUUCGAGUCUGGAGAGUCUAGUCGAAGUUCGAAGGUGAAAAGUAGAGAAAGUGUCAAUGUCCCUAUGCUUACCAUUCGCAAUCAAAUUCGAGAUCCACAUUUACAUGAGCGUUUGAAAGCUGAUUUAGUUGAAAAUGUUUGGGAAAAAUUUGGUAAUCAUGAUGAAUAA